UCUCGAGAGCACUUACAACCCCCCUCCCCCACUCAAUUCAAUUUCAUGAGCCAUUAGGACAAUUAACCUACCAGUUACGUUCCGUUCCGUUCCUAUUUUGUUCAAUUUUCGCAUCACUACUUAGCACCAGCAGCGCAGAUUUCGCAGAACCAGCCAUCUCUAAACAAACAAAUGUUUUAAUAGCGUAUGAUCGUGUAAGCCCGCGCGAAAUUUUACUGCGAAUGAAAUUGUAGGGAUACGAAGCAAUGGAUUGAGGUGAAAUAGUAAAGCUGAUCUGUAUCAGCUAAAGACCAUUAUAUACCCUGCGUGUCUGCUAGUGGGUUCAAACGAAUCCUGAUAGCGGGUCGUACCGACAUCAGACCUAUUUAAUGUUCUACCGAAUCCUGAUAAUGGGUAUCAGUCGAUAUGGGUUGAGGUCAUUCUGAAAAAAUUACCGACUACGUACAUGCGAACCUACUAGAACGUGUUGUGCGGAAAUCCAUCGUUCCCUAUAUCAUCACACACCAUUUCUAUAAAAGAUUCAGUUCUCGUCGAAUAGCUCAACCGAGUGGAGCACACAUAAGGAUUACGCGAAAUUUGGAAACCCAAGCUACAAACCGUGAACGUGGAAUCAUUACAAACCUUCUAGAAUCGCUGAGAAUCAUACGGAAGUAACGAAUUUUGCAAUCAAAACAUGUGGAAGAGUUUAGUGUGUAUAACCCUGGUACUUGGAUACACUUAUGCAGGUAUCCUUUCUAGGAGUGACGAUAUCUCAGUGCAAAACGAUUACGCUGCCGAUGGUGCAAGUGAUGCAGAAACGGUGGAGGGAAUCCUAUCCACCGGAACAGGAGCAGAUCAUCCCAGACCUUCACGAGCAGUCAGCGGAUCGUCAGUGAAACAUUCGUCUAGUUCAUCGCGAAUGUCAGGUUCAUCGUCGUCAAGUGCAAAAUCCAGCUAUUCUAGUUCAUCCUCUUCUCGGUCUAGCUCGGGAUCAGCAUAUACUGCAAGUGCUUCGAAAAAAUCCUCUUCUUCGCAGAACAGUGCAAAGCAGCAAAGUUCCUACGCUGCCAAGAGUUCUUCCUCCAGUUCUGGUUCUUCAUCGCGCCACAAUUCAGCUGCAGUGGGACGUGUUUCCUCGUCGAAGUAUGCAAGUGCUUCUGCAUCUAAAUCUGCAUCUUCAUCUUCAUCCAGUCGACACUCAUCCUCAAGUUCUAGCAGAUCUGCUUCCUCGUCGAAGUAUUCAAGUGCGUCUGCAUCUCAAGGUUAGUAGGUGCGCAUCUACAACACGUCCAGCUUCUAGCGGAGUUAUCUACUACCGUUACGGCCGAGUACUCUAACAUGGCCGCAGAGAGAUCCGGUUCCGCAGUUGUGAUAAAAGUCGACCGAAAUUUUAUUUGUCUUCCUCAAUAUUCUACGCCCUUCAUGUAACGUAUUAUUUGUUGGUUUGUAACGGAAAAUACAUCAAUUGUUCCGAACAAUGCGAUCACCGAGAUUUUUCUUCUUUUGUGGCACUACUAUAGUGAAAUUUCCGUAAAUUAUUUAUACAACAAAGUUUUGUAUUUCAACAGCACAAACUUUUCAGAAUUACAAAUUGAGUUACAAAUAAAGCACCAAAAAAAUAAAAUAAAUAAAAGUUCAUUUUUU